UGCACUUAAUGUAGAAAAACCGAAGUAGUGAGGAGGUGUUUUUCUUUUCAUUGUAUUAAUAUUGGAUAGCAUCUUAAAUAACAUGCUCUUACGCAUUACAAUACAAUAUUAUAAUCGUAUGAUUAUACGGAUAAUGACAUUUUAAAGUCAAAGUUAAACUUUACAAAACGCUUGUAAAGCAUGGGAUGUAUAUAUUCAAAGAAAAGAAAAGAAGCCCUUCGGAAGAAUAAGACCGUCAAUACACAAGCACGUAAAAAGUACCUGCCUACCAACACAGGGGAUGGAGACACUAACGGGAAUAGCCAGAUCCCGACCCUUCCUGAGUUUACCGACUGUCAAAAAGACCUGGUGACCAAGUCGUGGACAAUUGUUAAAGAUGACAUGGACCAACUAGGCAUCAAUAUAUUUAUGAAACUGUUUGCAAGUCAUCCGGACGUACAGGACGUUUUUGCGCCAUUUAGAGGUAUGAGUCCGGAGGACCUCAGCCAGAGUAACCAGCUUCGCUCCCAUGCCAUGCGGGUGAUGGGUACUGUGGACAAGUGCCUGAGCUGUAUAUACGAGUCAGAUAAAGUCGUAAAAAUCCUCCAGGAACUCGGCUCAAGACACGUGAUGUACACGGCAAAGGUCGACUAUAUGGACUUGAUCGGACCGCAGUUUAUCCUGGCGAUUCAGCCUGUUUUGGACGACGAGUGGACUCCGGAACUGGAACAGGCGUGGUCGGACCUUUUCAAGUUGAUAGCACACAUUAUGAAGGCAGCAAUGACCUUUUGAUGCAAACACGACAGUUGCACGGCUAUUGUGAAAAUACUAAUCACCACGGCAGUACGGCGUUGUGAAUAGGUGUGGAUACUGAAACUUACCCUUAAAUAUCAAGCAAACUACUGGUAUUGAUAACAGUGGUCCAUGAUAGACAAAUAAUUUUGGGCAAGGAAGAACAUUUGUGAAGAAUGACCGACCUUUUCUAUCAAUGCUACUGGUCUGGUGAAUAAAUUCGGUGGUACCUGCUAAAAAAGAGAUAAUUUCUAUAUAAUUUCUAUUGUGUUUGCCACCAUUUCUACGUAAAUGUACAUUUAUUGAAAAUCAUAUAUUUUCAAUUAUUAUCACAAGGUAACAUGGAUUCAUUCCCUAUAAUAUAUUAUAUGAUAUUUUGUUCGGUUAUUCGAAAGGCUUAAACGUCAAGGGCCAAGUUUAUUUUCAAUCCAUUUGUUGAUAUUGUUUUGGGAAGAAGAGCAAAACCACUGCACUAUUACGUAGUUUUACGUGUUUAACAGAACAUGAUAUUGCAAACUAUUAAACAGUUUCUAGAGUGUGUCUCUCCAUCUUAAUGUGCCAAUUUUCGAAGCGAAUGCUAUAUGCAGGAUAAAAAGGCAGAAGAUAUAUGUUACACAUCAAACAGACAUUUUAGAGAUGGAGUCAUAUUCAUUUUGCUUUAACACGACCUUGUAAAAUCAUGGCAAAAUCUACGAUCCACGAAAUUAUCACAAUUGUGUAAACAUCUUGGUCCUCUUGGCAGUGUGUAGAAUUGUUUCUUUGCUUUCGUGUCAAUAGGGUUGAAAUAAUCAGCUAAUCGUUAAGCAAAUACAUGAAGGCAA